GGUCCUCCUCCCCCUGAAGAUGAGACAGCAACUCAUCCUCCACCACCACCUUCACCGGUUGCUGAGGCAGAGGAAGAGGGAGAUGAAGCAGCGUUGUUGCGAGCUCAGUUGUUGAAGUCAUUGGCGAUGAAGAAAAAGCAAGCUCCUGUUGAGCCCCAGGCGCCAACUCCUUCCGUGAAACCAGCCAGUAACGAAGCAUCGCCAUCAACUUCGCGCAGUCAGUCUCCAUCUCUUCAUGUCCUCACCACACACAAAACCAACAAACCAGCCAAGAAACAAGCACCAUCCAUUUUCACUCCUCUUCCUGUACAUAAGCCAGUGGUGAUUCCGCUAGAGAACUCGUCAGAUGAAGACGAGACUCCAUCACCUGUCCGAAUAAACCCCAUGUCCUUCCUGGGAGAUCUGGACAGUUUCCUCAAGGCUGCUCGCAAGUCAGUGGAGGAGAAUGAUGGCAAGGCCAGCACAGACAAGCCUCAGGAGACGAAGAUGCAGCAGGUGAUGAAGAUCCAGGAGAUCCAGCAGUGUGAGGCCAGUCUCACCCGUCAGAGACAAGCCAUAGUAAAGGAUCAGACCAACCUCAAGAUGCUGAUCACAAGGGCUUCCAAGUAUCUGCGGAGUGCACGACUAGCUGAGGUCAAAGUUGUACAGCUGAAGGAGCAACUGACAGCUGCAGAGAAGAUUGUUGUGGCAAAUAAACAACAGCUGGAGAAGACAAAGUCACAGGCUAAAAGUGUUAAGGAUCGACUGUUGGAUAAAAAACAGAAGUUCAAGGAAGCUGAACAGAAUGCAGUUAACCUUGGAAAGGCAUUUUAUGGACCCAACUAUAAACCAAGAGUGGUCACCAUGGAAAUGGGCGACAAGAAAAAGGGAGAUAACCUAUCUGUAACUGUUUUCAAUGAGAUGUCUGUUAAGAAGAAAAAGAUGACUACAGCAACAAAAGAAAACGCACCCCCAACAAAACCACCUCCGACAAAACUACCUCAGAAGAAACCAGCUGAGUUUAUUGCCAAAGAGAAAGAGAGGUUGAAGAAACUGGAAAAGGAGUAUGCAGAAAAGAUCCGUCGCCUGAAGGAAGCUCAGGGUAUAUCUGUAGCCAAGGACCAGGAACCGAAAAUCAAAUCUCCUGUGUUAAAGAAGAAAAAAACUGAACAUUUGACAGAAGAUCUUGAAAAAAUACGGCUGGAUACAGAAGACAUACCUGACAUUGUUGACAGCAAACCCAGGAGACGUUCUCUGGUUGAACUGAACCCCAGCAAUAAACCGAACAUACCUUUGUCUUCCACUGAGAAAGAUGCUAAAACACUGAAUGGUGACAAAUGCAAAGAUGACCCACAAAGGCCAGCGUUUGUUAUGCCAACCGGGCAACAAUUAGCCAACCUACGAAAGCUUCAGAAUGAGAAGAUGGAGAGGAUCCUGAAAAUCCAGAAAUCCACAACAACCAGUUGGUGCCGACGUGUUGGAGCAUACACAUCACUGAUGGCACAGCUGAAGGAGAUACCAAAGCUGAAGAUUUCUAAGAAGGGAAAUGCCAAAUCAAAUGGUGACAACAAGAAUAGGCAGAUUGAUCUCACCUACAAGAGUCCCCUCCUGUCUUUCAAAGCAUAUAGGUUCAGUCCAUAUUACAGAACCAAAUCCAACAAAACCAUAUCAUCCAUCACCUAUUCCAACAAAAUCAACCCAAAGAAAAUCUUAUGUACUUACGACCUCCAUGGCCGGUGCAAUGAUGAAAAGUGUACUGGCCAACAUGAGCGAGACUUCAGGUUGUCAGAACGAGAGGUGCUCCAGGACUUGGUGUCCUACUGUCCCAAACUGGCAGGGGUGAAGGACACCUCUUCACAAGACUGUGGCAAGUCUAUAGGUACUUACAUAGAUAAUCUAGUCCGUCAACACGAGGGUCAGAUGAGGUCUGAUCAGUUGUGUCUCCUACUUGCAUCCAAAGUCACAGAAGAAGCCAGCAAAAACCGUCCACAUACCAUGUUCUAUGAUCCUCGGACAUGGAAACCUGUCCAAGACCAUCCAGACGGACAGGAAACAGUGUCAGAGUUCAAGGGCAAAGGGUCAAGGUCAUUAGAAUUUCUGAACAACCCAAUUCCACCUGACCGAGACAACAUCUUGUGUGAUGAGGAUGUACGUUACUAUGGGGGCAAUAACACUGAAAUCCAAACAAUGGAGACAGCUGUUUUGGAGAACCCUCAGGAUGUUACGUUGUGGUUGAAACUGGCUCAGAGGAAGUUGGCAUCAGACAACUCGUCAGAAGCCAACUUGGACCAGGCCCUGAACGUUCUGGCACGUGGUCUGGAGUCGAACAAGGACAGUGAUGUGUUGUGGCACCGAUACCUGUCUCUGUAUCAGUACCAUCGGGAUGCUGGAGAUCUCCCUCAUCUCUGCCAGAUGGCUCUUCAGCAUGCUCCCUCAUACCAAAUAUGGCAGUUGUAUGCUGAGACUGUGAGCAACUUCCAGAGGAGGGAUGAAAUUUGUGAGAAGACUUUGGAGUUCCUGAGGACCAGGUCAGCAGAUGUCUAUGUGAGCAGACGGUCACACCAGAUCCUGGAAACUCUGUUGUAUAAGACAACUCUUGUUGUGCAAUCAGGGAGAUACAAGACAGGACUCACAUUCUUACAGACUGUGCUGAGAAAGUCAGGCGAUGGCAGUCUGUUGCUGCUGCUGGAGCCAGAAGAUCGGUGCAUCCUGUGGAUCUCCUACAUCCAUCUCCUGGAGUUCCACCAGCUGCCCCAACAGCUCUUUGACCCAGCCAACCAGAACCCAGGCAAAGUCCUGUCCAAGACUGCCUUAUGGAUCUCGUGGGAGUUGAAGGAUGAGCUGAUUACACCGCUGCAGUCUCUGGUGGGCCACUUCUGGGAGGGCGUGGAGGCAUGUGGGGGUGUGCAGAACCAACACUGUGUGCCCCUCCUGCAGAAUCUGGUGCACCUACUUAAGUCUCAGUCAAGAGAUAAGGCAAGAUGGGAGGAUGCCUGCUCUACUUGUCGUAAAAUCUUGGAGUUGAACCCAGACCUGGUUGACAUCUGGCUGGUGGCAGGUGACCUGUACGCUGCGUGCAAGGAAGUGGAAGGAACUAGACAUAUCUUCAACGAAGCAACGUCAGCACACCCUUCAGUGCCAAGCUGCACUUCUAUAUGGCCAACUUUGAGCUGUCUCAGACAUAAGGGGGAAAUAAUGGGGAGUGUCGACCGGGCCCUGGAGUCUCUUGAACAAUUUGUCAUCCGCCACUUUGAUGUGGACGUGACUGAUCCUGGCUCCUGUGAUCCCAACAAGCUCUUCUGCACCCUGUUGGGCCUGCCAGCACCUUUCAAGAGUAAACAACCGGUGUUGAAGAAAGAAGUUAAUGGAUAUGUAGAAGCAGACAAGUUGUACUACUGGCUGACGUACAGUGCACUGCUGGAGCUACAAGGUGACAGCCGAGAGUGUGUGGAGGUGUUAGAGACAGCGUUGUCAUGUUCUUACAAGGCAGAGGAUCUGAAGACUCUCUGGAUCAAUUACCUGGAAUUCCAUCAGCGGCAACUAGAGGGUGCUGCAAGCAAUGAUGUGCGCCUGCGUGAGGUGUUUGACUUGAUGGUACGGAGUCUGUCAACUGUUCCCACCAAGUUCCCUGUCCCCUUCUCGGAUGAUGGCCACUGGAGGGACUACCGCCAUGUCAACAAGAUGAUCCACACAUACCUCACCAUGAUGACCAGAGAGGAGAGACUGGUGGCACUGGAGAAGUUUGUUGAAAUGAUGCCAUCAAAUGUUGACCUCAUCGUCAGGAGUGUGGAGGAGGCAGUGUUGGGGAAGGAGUACCAGCGUGCCCGCAGUCUCUACAACACACUGCCAUGGGAAGGAGUGGCCAAUGUCCAUCUGUGGAAGAUGGUACUUGGUCUGGCUCAAAGGCAGGGAUCUGUGAAAGAGAUGGAGAAGCUGUAUGUGAAGGCGGUGCGAGCUCUGCCAAUGGCAGUGACUAUGUGGAAAGAUUUCCUGCUGUUCGAGGUGACGGAAGGAAAUCAGGCUACAGUUCAACAGAUUCUAGGUCACUGCACCAGCAUUGGACUGAACAUUGCUGGAUUUGUGGCAACGAUAUCACCAUCCUAGUCAGGAGGCGGCCAUGUUUGAACUACAGGAUCUUUCACCCUUGAACUUGGAUGUCAGUGUACUGACCUUGAGGCCAGUAUCAAACAAGUUCGAACCCAUAACACAUGAGUUCUUCGUUUGUACUUCUCUCUUAUGGAGACAGUAUCGCAGUGAGUAUUUUGAGGCCUUGACAUGGGAGAAGUACUUAGUUAAAAUAUUUUUCAUUAUAUAUGUUAUUGGUAUUCAUUGGUUCCAUGAAACUGAAAUGUUCCCCAAAAUGAAUAACAGUAAGUUUUACAAUUGGUUUAUGUUUGCAAGCUUGUUCUUCCAUGGUCAAGGCUUGUGUGAUUUGUUGGUGAUGGUUUAGACCGUCCAGGGGAUGCAGAUGAAUGAGGAGCAGCUCUUUCUCAACAUGUCAUACAUACCAGCUUAUAGAGAUAGCAUGACUGGCUAAAUAUUUCUUCAUGUAGAAAGGCCACAACAAGUUGAGGUACGUCUGUGAUGUGAUUUGUAAAAUGAGGAUUUGGAAAUUCAUGUGUCUCCUGCCCUCAGUCGUACCAAUACUGACUUUUGUUAAAUUUCAGUGUGAUGUUUCAAUGACUCUUGUUGAGGACAAAAAAUAACAUACUGUCACAGGGUGAAGACAACAUAAUUUGAACGAAAGGUUGCCCUCAGUGAGAUCUUCUCUGAAACAAGUUUUUUUUCCUUUCUUUUUAAUGACAAUGAAUAAAUUUUGGAAUAAUCGGUUCAAAGCCUCAGACUGCUGAAGUGCCGGGGGUAUCUGACUAAUGCUUUGGACCUCCUAGACUGGGGAAGAUAAUCUUCAGUUUCUUCUAGAUCAGUUAAUCUCUAUAUAGUAAGGCCUUCUUUACUAACUCGAGGUUAAUGAGAAGAUUUUGAGGAACAUAUAUAAUGAAUUUGUUGUGGCCAUGUACGGUCAUUGUUUGUAUUAAGGCGUUUCCAUGAAAUGGCUCGUUUGAGGACAGUGAUCUAGUCCCAUUCUUGUGAUAGUGACAAAUUGUUUUGCUACAGUUGGUAUUUUGUGAUCACAUGAGAAAGUGUUGUUGCUGGAGAUAUAAUUGAUGUUUUAUAAUCUCUGUAAAAUGUUCUGAUAUUUCUGUUGUCGUAUUGUUUGUUCAUGCAUUAAUAACCUCUGAAAUUGAGCUUCAGUUAGAACAGGUCCUCACUAGUGAUGACAAUGGAUCUAACAGAUCUGAAAAACUUGAAAUUGAAUCAAUAUGAAAAUCCUGUCUUCAAAGAUUAUGCAAAGGUGCUUUGAAAAAUUGAGAAAUCCAGAAUUGUCAGAUAAAAGUUGUGACAAUAUGCAACUUGUCAAGGAAACAAAAGAUGAGGAUGUUCCAAUAUGUCAGCUGAAAGUUUGGAUUCCGUAUCUGAACUUAUGUUUAGUUAGUUCUGCAAGUGACAGUGUUGAAGACCAAGUGAAAGUGCUGCUCAUUGAUGAUGACGGUUGCUGGUUCUACCAAAGAUUCCUGCAACUGUUGCCAAACACCAAAGGUUCUGCCAAAACCUUAGGUUCCACUGGACCAGUCUCAAGUAGUUGUUUUGUGUUUUUGCACUAAGAACACAAUGCCUUGUUUUUCUUGUGAUAGUUUUGUGAAAUUUGUUUUUGUAGCUGUAAGUUCAUGUAAAAACUCCUUGCCAUCCUUAAGAGAAUUAAAAUAAAACCAUUCAAAUUAGACUCAAUUGAUCGUGGUCAUUUUGGAAAACUCAUACGAUUAAUACAGCAUGUAUAAAUUUGAAUUCAGCAUUUAUAUAUUCAGAAACAACUUGUAGGUAUUGUGUUCAUAGUUGAGUUCUCACUGCUUUGAAUUGCUUAAAGGUACAUUCCCACAUCAACUUGACAUUCAAAAUUGAAGUUAAAGGCUUUUAAUAUGUUAAAAGUCUAAAGGUGAAAUGUUUAUUAACAAAUUCAUGAUCAGUGGAAAAAUAAGGUAAUUAUAUUUUCAAAUAUUUAAAGUUUCAAAUUUAAAGAAAGUAACUGAUGGAGUAAGUAUUGUCAGUUUAAAACUUGUGGCUGCAGAUUUUAAAGGUUGAAGUGAGUUUCAUCUUGUGAUGUGCCUUCAAUGCAUUGUUUUGUAAGUAUGCUUACAUGAAUGAAAUGUAAGCAGUGUCUGGCUCAAUCCCUCCUCAACUAAUAAUACAAGCAUGUAACUUGUUCAUAUAGGUGGUAUCGAUUUUAGUAUUUAUUACCAUGUUUUUGGAAGUAGUAAAUGAAAUGUCACUUUCAUGAUUCGCUUUAACCACAGUUGUUUUUGAGAGGGAUACAUACAUCUAUAUGAUGAGUACAGUCAGAAAGAGAACAUGUUAAAAAUGAAAUUACUUAUUUCAAUAUUAUGGAAAUUGUAACAAAUUUCCAAAUGAUAGUUUGUUGAGUGUUUUUUUUAUGCUGAAAUUUGAAUGAUUUGUAAUGUGCACGUUAUUGUUAAUAUUAAUCCCAAGUUAAAUAUCUAUUACCUACAUAUGACCUAGAUGGUUGUGGCAAUGGAUUGAGCCAUCACUGCACAGUUGGUCCUGUGUUUUGCACUAAAUCACCCUUUCUAUUAAGUAAAGUAGGUUAUGCACCAAUAUUAUCUUUACAUCCAAAUUUACAUGGACCACCUAUGUGUAUCUUUAUUCAUCUUGUAUUUGAAUAAAAAAUUAAAGUAAAAA